AUGGCCGCACCGCCUAGACACUCGGCGAUGCUAUCCGUGAGCAACGCCGCAGCCACGCCGCAGUCCGGAUCAAGCGACAAGUCACAGACACCACAGCAGCCCUCAACACCCCAGCCAACACAAGGCCUCCGUGUCCCCUCAAACCGGAAGACUAUCUACGACCGACACCUGAACCGGAGCCGAAAUGCAGAGCUCAGCCGGGCGAGUUUCGCGUAUCUCUUCGCGGAGAUGGUCACAUAUGCCCAGCGGCGAGUAACGGGCAUUCAAGAUUUGGAGAAACGAUUAAAUGAACAAGGAUACCCCCUCGGCCUCCGCCUCCUCGACCUCCUCUUCUACCGCACAACAACAACCUCCUCCUCCGCCCUCUCCAGCUCCUCAACCUCAUCCUCCCCACCAAACAGACCCCUCCGUAUCCUAACCCUCCUCCACCUCAUUCACGGCCCCCUCUGGCGCCUCCUCUUCGGCCGUUCCGCAGAUGCCCUCGAGCACUCCGUCUCUCCCGAUACCCCCAACGAAUACAUGAUCACGGACAACGAUCCGCUCGUGAAUACGUAUAUCAGCGUGCCGCGCGAGAUGAAUCAGCUCAAUUGCGCGGCAUUCGUGGCGGGCAUUAUUGAGGGUGUCUGUGAUGGGUGUGGGUUUGAGGCGAAGGUUUCGGCGCAUAAUCAGCCUACGGAGAUGUGGCCGAGUCGGACGGUGUUUUUGCUUGGGUUUGGGGAGAGUGUGAUGGAGAGGGAGAAGGUGCUUGAGAGGGCGGGUAUUAAAUAA